AUGACGACCGAAAAGCCUCUGCCUUUCGCCUACCAAUUCGCCGCCGGUGCGGUUGCCGGUGUGUCUGAGAUUCUUGUCAUGUAUCCAUUGGAUGUUGUCAAGACAAGAAUUCAGCUCCAAUCCGGUGCUGGCACCGGUGAAGAGGCAUACAAGAGCAUGUUUGAUUGCUUUGCCAAAAUUAUCCGCAACGAAGGUGCCUCGCGUCUUUACCGUGGUAUCACCGCCCCAAUCCUGAUGGAGGCUCCCAAGCGUGCUACCAAGUUCGCCGCCAACGACACCUGGGGCACGUUCUACCGCGACCUGUUCGGCAUUGAAAAGACCACCCAGCCUCUUGCCGUCCUCACUGGAGCUACAGCAGGAGCCACGGAAGCCUUUGUCGUGGUGCCGUUCGAACUGGUUAAAAUCCGGCUGCAGGAUAAGGCGCAAGCGCACAAGUACAACGGAAUGCUGGACGUCGUGAGCAAGAUUGUCAAGCAGGAGGGACCACUGGCGAUGUACAACGGCCUCGAAUCGACCCUGUGGCGCCACAUCCUGUGGAACGCGGGUUACUUUGGAUGCAUUUUCCAAGUGCGCGCCCAGAUGCCCGCUGCCGCUCCCGGUAACAAGAGCCAAAAGGUCAUGAACGAUUUGAUUGCUGGUGCCAUUGGUGGAACAGCCGGUACCAUUCUCAACACCCCCAUGGAUGUCGUCAAAUCUCGUAUCCAGAACAGCCCCAAGGUCGCCGGCACCGUGCCCAAGUACAACUGGGCCUGGCCCGCCGUUGCCACCGUCGCCCGCGAGGAAGGAUUCAGCGCGCUGUACAAGGGCUUCCUGCCCAAGGUUCUCCGACUGGGUCCUGGAGGUGGUAUCCUCCUGGUCGUGUUCACCGGCGUCAUGGACUUUUUCCGUGAAUGGCGAGGGGAAUAG